CGGGCGUAUUUUUCUCGAGUCAGAGUAUUGUGGAUUUAGGGAAGAAACAACAUUGAGUGACAGAGAUGGAGCAAGGUUACCCAGUUAUAGCUCAACCAACCAAUUACCAGACCAGGAAUACAACUGUAGUUGUGAAUCAGCCAGCACCCAUCGUGUUUCAGCAGGGAAUGCGAGACUGGAGCUCUGAUCUGUGCGGAUGCUGCGAGGACUGCUACUCUUUAUGUAUGGGAUUGUUUUGUCCAUGUAUUUUACUCUGUGAUGUGUCCCAGAGAAUGGGUGAAGGUUGUUGCUUUGCGACCUGUUGUCCUGGAGCUUUGUUGGGGCUGAGGAUCAAACUCAGGACACAGCAGAACAUUCAGGGCUCCCUGUGCAAUGAUUACUGCGUGGUUCAAUGCUUACCAACAUGCGUGCUGUGUCAGCUGUCACGUGAGCUGAACCACAUGGGAUUGAGGCAGUGAUUUUGUCACCAAAUUCCGUG